AUGGAGAGAUCAAAAUCAUCUACUGAACAAAUUCAUGAUCAUCAUCAGCCCCCAAGUUAUGGGAACUUAAUUACCAUUCUCAGCAUUGAUGGAGGUGGUAUUAGGGGAAUUAUUUCUGCUACUAUUCUUAAUUUGAUUGAAUCACAGCUUCAGGAGUUAGAUGGUGAAGAUGCAAGACUUGCAGAUUAUUUUGAUAUGAUAUCAGGAACAAGCACUGGAGGUCUUGUAACUGCUAUGUUAACUGCUCCAGAUAAACAUAACCGUCCACUUUUUGCUGCUAAAGAUAUCAAACCAUUUUACUUGGAGCACUGCCCAAAAAUUUUUCCACAAUAUAGGGGCCUGCGUGGAACACUGAUGGCAAAGGUAAUUAGACAAUUGGGAGGACCAAAAUAUGAUGGAAAAUACUUGCAGAGAGUGAUUAGAAAUAAACUUGGAGACAUUCGUUUGCACCAGACAAUCACCAAUGUUGUCAUUCCCACCUUUGACAUCAAAUGUUUACAACCAACUAUUUUCUCAUCUUACCAGAUUAAGAAUUCUCCUGCCUUUGAUGCUAAACUAUCAGAUAUAUGCAUUAGCACAUCUGCUGCACCUACUUAUCUCCCUGCCCAUCACUUCACCAACAAGGAUUCAAAUGGAAAUCUACAUGAAUUUAACCUCAUUGAUGGUGGUGUUUGUGCCAAUAAUCCGACUUUACUUGCCAUGAAUCAAAUAACAAAGCAAAUCAUUGAUGAAAAUACAGAUUUCUUGGCCAUCAAACCUACAGACUAUGGUCGCUUCCUAAUUAUUUCAAUAGGCACAGGAGCAGCCAAAAAUGAUGGAAAAUUCAAUGCAAAAAAGGCAGCUAAAUGGGGACUAUUGGAUUGGCUAACCUAUAGUGGUACCAGUCCUUUAAUUAAUAUUUUUUCUCAAUCAAGUGGCGAUAUGGUUGAUUUUCACUUAGCUGCUCUCACUCAAGCACUUCAUUUCAAAGAAAAUUACCUUCGAAUUCAGGAUGACACAUUGACAGGAACUGAUUCUUCAGUUGACAUAUCUUCUAAUGAGAACUUGGAGAGGCUUUGCCAAAUUGGUGAAAAUUUGUUGAAGAAACCAGUCUCUAGGGUUAAUUUGAAGAAUGGUCGAUUUGAGCCACUAGACAAAGGAGAAACCAACUGUUAA